UCAUGAGGGAGCGUCGGCCUGCGUGCUGGCUGGGAAGAUGGAGGCGGUGCGCCGCGUCCUGCUGCUCGGCGAGGGCAACUUCUCCUUCGCGGCCUCCCUGUGCGGGGCGGCGGGGACCCACGUCGUGGCCACCUGCUACGAGAGCGAAGAGGAGGUGUGCGGGCGGGGGCGGGCCGCGGAGAGCAUCCGGCGGCUGCGGGAGGGAGGAGCUGAAGUUGUGUUUUCUGUGGACUGCACCAAGCUGAAGGAUUAUUUUUUACCAGAAGAAAGAGAAUUUGAUUGUAUUUAUUUCAACUUCCCUCACUGUGGGAGAAAGGCUGGAGUGGUGAAGAACAGAGAACUGCUUGCCCACUUUUUCCAUAGCUCCGCAGAAGUACUGACAGAGGAGGGAGAGGUCCAUGUGGCUCUUUGCAAUGGACAGGGUGGGACACCUGCUGAUCAACCAAGGAGAGAAUGGCACAACAGCUGGCAAAUAGUGGCUGUGGCAGCAGGAGCUGGAUUUAUCUUGAGUAACGUUCAUCCAUUUAAAGCAGAGACUAUCCAUGGAUAUAAGUGUACAGGUUACAGGAGUCAAGAUAAAUCUUUCUGUAUAGAGGGUGCUUUAAACCACAUUUUCACACGAAGCACCCCACUUCCAUAUUUCAAACCUAUGAUCUGCGAGAUAGAACUGGAAAGCCGAAAAGUUUCUUUCCAAGUACCACAGAUACUUGUGGAUAAAAUUAAUAGGGGUUUCCUAGAACUAAAUUCAAAUCAUCCAGUACAGACAGUAAAGGAGAAGCUCACUGCAGAGCUCAACAAAGCUUUUCCGUUACAAAACAUUGACUGCUGCCUUUCUCUGCUCCACCAAGGUCACCUCAAUGGUGUUUGUCACUCAAAUAUCUUUUGGAUCAUUCUGAGUCCAGAGGAGUCUCCAAGCACUGAAGAAAUGUCUAAUGGAGUGGCAAAUGCAGUUUUAUUUUCCCAUGUUGAUUUUUGCAAGGACACAGAUAAGAAUGGCUGGAUGAAUGUACAAGAGAGAUGCCACAUUUCAAAACAGUAUUAUCUUAGACCUUCCCUUCUACCGUAUGCUCAGGCAAUAAUACAAAGAGCAGCCUUUCUCCCGGGGACAAUUCAUGUUCUUUCUGGCCCAGUUUUCAGGAAGUGUCUUAUCAGUCCUUACUCCAUGCCUGUUUUUCAUGAGGUGGUGUUUGUAUGUGCAGUUAACAGGGGUACAGAGAACAGCUGUAUCCAGAUGUUGGUGAAUAGCAUCAAAACCAGCAUACAUGCUCUUCAUCAGACUGUUUCUGGCUCUAAACUGAAUAUCAAUCUGCAGGAAGCAACAAGCUUUGAAACAACUGAACUGAAUGACUUUUCUGCUUUUGAAUCUCAGCUUAGUGAAAUUCAGUACUUCAUCUGUAUGGAGAUAGAUACUUCAGGCUCCUGUGAGAAGGGCUCCUGUGUGGGAAUUAUAAGGACUGAACUUAUAGGCAGUGAGUUAGUGGUUGUCUUUGCUUCAUUGAAUCUUGACCUCCUAGCCAUGUUGAUCUGUGGAAUAUCUGACUGGCGAAUGCUCUGGACAUCAGACACACGAUUCCUCCAUCAAUUUCCUAGAGGAAGGUUAAGGCUUUUCAAGAGUUUUUCUCUCUAUCCACCUUCCUAUGUGCAUGAUGUCAGCUUUUGGGUUCCUGAUGGGGAACAAUUUGAUGAGGUUGCCUUUCACACCAUUGCUAGGCAGGUGUCAGGUGAAAUGGUCGUAUCCAUCCAGUUAAUCGACAGUUUCCAGCAGUCAGAGACGGGUCGGAAGAGCCUCUGCUACAGGCUGACCUUUCAGUCCUGUGACAAGGCACUGAGCCGCCAGGAGGUGGCAGAGAUGCAGCUGCUCUUUCGUAAAGAAAUAAAACAUCACUUGCGGGUCGCUCUUCGGUAGAGCCUCGUAGAGUUCUUCUCAGGUGCUCGAGCAGCGUCUGCGCUUGUUGCUGAUCUGGGAAACGCGGCCUAUGUCUUGUUAAGACCUAAGACCCUUACGAAGGCGGUGGAAAUCCCUGUUAAUGAAGAUCAAGCACCUUCCUGUUCUGCGCGUGUGUCAUGAAACCUCACCUCAGAAAGCGGAGCCUCUCUCUGCUGGGGUCCUGUGAGACUGGACGUGAUCUCCUUGCUGGUGCCAGUUGGCUUUUCCUGCCCUGGCUAGUGUUUGCCCAGAGCCCUGUUGUGGCGAUCGCAUCAAGUCCCCGGGAGGAGGGUGGGCCUUCCCCUUUCCCGAGGCACUUUGAGCGCUGCGGUCUCUCCGCGCCGCCGCUGCUCGGAGCCCCCCGCGGGCGGGCGCGAGGCUGCGGCAGGCGCGGGACGCGUGCCUCCUCGCGCGGGCGGCUCGCGGGGCAGGGGCACGCGCAGUGGGCGCCAACGGACGCCAACGGUCGCCGACGGUCUCGCUCCCGCCUCUGUGAGGGGGCUCGCGCCUCUGUGAGGGGGCGCGCGGGCACCUGAGGGGAAGGGGAGCAGGACCCGCCGGAGCGGGCGGGCGGAGGUCGGCGCCGUCUGG